AUGGAGCUGAAGAGAGGAAAGACUUUCAUUAAAUCCAGCUUUUCCACAAACCUUCCCUUGCACAUUUCCCAUGAAAAACCUUCAGACCUGGUAGCUGCUGCUCUAGCCAGAGAGGAUGCAGAUUCCUGGUCCAUCUCUCUGGGAGGACAGCAGAGGCCGUUCAGUGAGAAGAGCUCCCAGGCUAGUCCCAGCACCCAAGGGUAUACCAGAUGCCCAAGCAAGGAGGCACAGCCUGGCUCUGAGGACAGUCCUGUGGCCCUCUGUGGAACCACCUUCAAAUUGGUAAGAAAGAGCAAGACUCACGAGAGUGUUCCUGAGGCUGGGAAGGCAGCCACUAGCACUAGCACAAGACAGCUGGUGGGCAGCAUGAGCUUCUCAGGGUCCCCUAGUGGCCAGCGCAUGAUUGACUACCGCCACUUUGUGCCCCAGAUGCCUUUUGUGCCAGCUGUGGCCAAGAGUAUCCCAAGAAAGAGGAUUUCCUUGAAGCGACCCAAGAAGUGCUUCCGGAAUCUAUUCCACAUCCGCAGAAGCAAGACAGAGGACCUGGUUUCACUGACUGCCAAAAAGAGCCUGUUCUCUCCGGGGGUCUCAUCAGAUGCUACAGGGCAGCAAGGCAAAGCCUUCCUCUCCCUGGGUGAAGGUCUGGGAUUAGACACUCUGUGCCAGGACCUGUCUGACAGUGAACUUCUUCCUGACUCGCCCUUUGACCUCUGUGGUGCCUUGUGUGAGGAUGUGGCCUCACUCAAAAGCUUUGACUCACUCACAGGCUGUGGAGAGAUCUUUGCAGAUGAAAGUUCGGUGCCAUCCCUGGAGCUGAGUGAAAGCCCUGCUGAGAGCUCAGCCUGGGCAUCCCAGGCCCCGGAGAGCAAGACUCCCCGGGGCCCCUUCCACGGCAGUGUGGAGCAGCUGGCAACCCCUGCCCAGAAUGAAGUGUCAGACUUCACCAAGUUUUGGAAUAGUGUGAAUCACUCGGUGAGGCGGCAGCAGCGUGCUCUGCUGGGCUCAUGGCUGGUAGGUCCUCAAGGGAUGAAUACGGAACAGCCUAAGCCAGAUGUGGCUGCGCUGGCUGAGCUCCCCCUGUUUCCCUACAGGGGUCCUCCCACUGACUCCAAAGCCAGUUCCAUAGACACAGGCACACCCAAAAGUGAGCAGCCGGAAUCUGUGUCCACAAGCGACGAGGGCUACUAUGACUCCUUUUCACCUGGCCUUGAGGAGGACAAGAAGGAGAGCCCGAGCUCAGGCACACUGGCAGCUGUCUUUCCCAGGGACAGCUACAGUGGGGAUGCUCUCUAUGAGCUCUUCUCUGACCCCAGCGACGGCCCUGUGGGUCCCAGCCUAGAUGAUGACCUGUGUGUGUCUGAGAGCCUGUCUGGGCCAGCUGUGGGCACACCAUUGUCCAUGUGCAGCUUCCAUGUGGGGGCUGAGGAGAACUUGGCCCCUGCCCCAGGCCCUGACCUGCUCAGCCAGAGCUUCCUGCAGAGCUCCUGGAGGGGCAAGGAGUGCCUGAUGAAGCUCUGUGACACUGAACUCUCCAUCACCAUGGGCAUUGUCAACUGGCUCCGCCGCACCCCACCUGCCCCUCCUCCAGGAGAGGCCAUACCCCCACCAGGCCCCCACAGGGCCUUCAAAGGAAUAUCAGAGAAGCGAGAGAGCAGUAAGGAUCAGGCUUCAGAUUCAUGUAGGGCCACCGUCUGCUCAGCACCUAACAGACAGGAGCCAUGGGCACGCCCUGGCAAGAUGGGAGGCAGAGAGAUUCCAAUGGGGAGGGUAUCAAAGGACCUGUCUCUAGAGGGAGAGAUGCAAGGCUGCACUAAUGGCUUAUUCUCUUCUGAGGUGUCUGCAGUCUCCACAAGUAUUUCCAGUGAAAGCAAAGUGCAAAGCCCUCAAGCCUGGCCCAGCUCUCAAAAGGAGCCUGGGCCAUCUGAGAACCCGAGACGUCCUGAGGACCUGCAGUGGCCAGAUCAUGGAGGAAGCACUCCAGAUGCAGGGUGUACACUAGCAGGCUGUGUGGAGCAUGUGUCAGACCUGCAGGCCUUUCUAGUGGGUCAGCCUCUGAGGCAGGACAUGGGUGAUGGGCUCUUCAGGCAGCCUCAGGACUGUGGCCCUGACAUUCUGCAGCAGAAACAGGGAGCUAAUACUUGUGGCCUGCCCUCCUUGGCCAGCCAACAGGAUCAGAGAUAUCCAGACCUUUUCCUUGAGCUGAGCCAGCUGAGGUUGGAGCCCUCUGGGAUGGACACCCAAGCUCUUUUCCUCAAUGGGGAGCCAGCCACUAGAGCUCAGCCCUAG